AUGGAUGCUACCCGUGUCUUUGAUACAUACCGUGACUCAAGUGCUGAAAAUAUCCGUUGUCAGAAAUGUCUACAAAAAGGUCAUUGGACAUUUGCUUGUACUGGGAAGAGAAAAUAUGUUCAUCGUGAAUCAAGAUCUACAGAAAUGAUAAAACGUCAGAAAAAAGAAGAAGAGAAAAAGAAAUUGGAGCUCUUAGUCAAAACAUCCAGUAUUCAGGACAAAAAGAAAAAAGCUAAAACGUCUGAUGGUGAAAGUUCCACCGAUACAGAUUCUAGUUCCUCUAGUGAUAGUGAUAGUUCCUCCAGUUCUGGUGAUUCUGAUAGUGACAGUACAUCAACUGAUAGUUCUUCUGACAGUUCUUCAGAUUCAUCAUCAUCAUCAUCUUCGUCAUCUUCAGAGGAGGAGCAAUCGUGAUAGAAGAUACAUUUACUGUGAUACAAUGGAAAUUGGGGGACAUCAUCUCAGCUUUCAGUCAAACGCAAAUUUGCAUUUCUUUAUUUUGAAUGUCAUGAAUAGGAUGUGUAUAAGUGAGAAUAUGCUACAGUAUAGUACUUUUCUUAGAUUCAACUGAACAAAAGAGUCAACAUGCAGGACAAGCAAUGUUUUGGUAGAAUUUUUUUGUCAUCCUACUUCAGUUUAUGGCAAUGAGCUAGCUAUUCCAUGUAUUCAAAGUAUUUGAAUUGACCGCCAGACUUCAUUUAUAAGUAAAUUCUGGUUUAAAGAAUAAUCAUGCACAAGCAUUGAUGAUUUCAAAUUUCAAAUGGAAAUUUUACAUUUGAAAUCACUCAAUGGGAUAUUAUUUUUCUAAAUAAUUUCUUUAUCAACUGAUAGAGCUCAAUUUCUGCUACCUGUAGCAUAUUUCAUCUGCAAUUAAGAAAUAAUCUGACUUAUAUUCCAUUGUUUAAGAUUCAUAGUGGUAGAAAUGAGCUUCAUCAGUUGGCAGAGCAGAUAUUUGAUUAUAUCCCUUUGAUUGAUGCUUCAUCCAUUAUGAGUUGUUAAAAUUAUCAAAAAUUCUGUUAAAGCCCAUGAAAGAGAUUGUUUAUAUUGAUAUGUAAUGAUUGUAUAUAAUUUUAACAAUUUGAUGUAUAAAGGCAAUUUUAUCAG